GCAGCACGAAACCGCUGUGACUGGUGCUCGUGGGUGGGCCAUUUGUACUUGGGCGAGCGACGCCGCCAAGGAUGGACGAAACCGCGCCAUCGAUGAAUCGCCAACAGCAGCAGUACCACCACCAUCUCCACGCACGAAAAGUGUCGGGCAUACACCAGGUGCCUGCGACCAUGUCGUUCCUGGAUCCGGGGCGUGUCCGGCAAGCAACAUUGGUGAAUAGAAUAAUGUCAUCGACCUCCAUGCUUGCUAACGGUCAAGCUUUUGAAGAUGACGAGCAAGACAUAUUGCGACACUUGCUUGGCAUGGAGUCGACGUCGUCGACAUCGCUGAACAUGCAACCAAUCCAGUACCACCGCCGCAGUGGUGCGAUUCAACAAGCGUCGGCCAGGCCAUUUACGGACUUUCAUGCGGCAUCAAGAUGGGGUGAAGGCCCGCGUUGGAGUGCAGAAAACAAGUGUUUUGCAGAAGCUGUUCCCGUGGAUCUCGCCAAAGUCGCGAUUUCAGCCGAACCGUCAUCGCCGUCCGUUCUACCUGUCAAGAAACCCCACGAAUGUGAGAUCUGUCACAAACAAUUCCGCGCCAGGUCUGAGUUGAUCACGCACGAGCGCAUCCACACCGGCCAUAAGCCGUUCAAAUGCAUGUACGAAGGGUGUACCAAGCGUUUUGCUCACAGCUCCAACUUGGGCGCACAUCACAAGGCUCAUCAAGGCAUCAAACCAUACGUGUGCAUGCACGAAGGGUGCGAGAAGCGGUAUGCCCACAGCGGGUCCCUCAAGGAGCACGUGUGGAAGCACUACGGCGUAAAGCCUUUCAAAUGCAGCCACCCCGACUGCGAUCGAACAUUUACCCAGCGGUCCAACUUCUCGCGGCAUAUGAAGAAGUGCCAUGGUGUAGAAAAUAAGGAGAGCAGCAGCACAUCCACGGGGGCGAUGUCGGCGCUGACAACGACGAGCUGUCCAUCGUCACCAGAGAUGAAGCAUGAGUUAAAUUAUAUGUAGGCCGACCUGGCCACCGCUGCAGCCACAGGAGAGCGCAGGUCGGAGUGGCGCUAGUGUCGCAGUUUGAUUUAUUGACCGUAAACAUGAAUUCCUCCAUGCAUAACUAAUGUGCAUGGCGGAAGAACUUGAC